UGGACAGAAAUCCGCAGAUGAAACGACCGCACGUUUUGUAUCUUGCAAAGACAUUUGGAGACAGAGAUACGCUUUUAGCUUAAUUGGUGACUUUGGUGAAUUGAUUUCACGCGAAUUUUCACCUUGCGGAAGCUGCAGUGACAGUGACUAGCUCAUUACGUACAUAUUGAUUUUCCGAAAGAUUUGCCUUUGGAUAUAAAAGGAAAAUCACGACUUCGUCUUGUAUAAAAAUAAUCGCACCUCAAAAUGGAUGUGGAUUGUAGAAUGCCCGAAGCUGGAAUUGCUAAAGCUAUACAGGAACUUAAUGCAACGUCUGCGGUUUCCACUUUUGAUAAUCUAACAAAUGAAACUGAGACGUGGAAUGAAGAUUUUUUCAAUAUUAGCACCAACAUUUCCAGGGUGGUUCCAGAAGUUCCAAAGUACAUUCUAAUUACUGCAACGUCUUUUUACAUAAUUAUGUUCUUGCUUGGACUAACUGGCAAUAUGCUGGUUGUGUAUGUUGUGCUGAGGAACCGGGAUAUGCACAGUUCAACACAUUUGUUUUUGGUGAAUCUCAGCCUUGCUGAUCUUUUGGUGUUGGUUAUUUGCAUGCCGACAGCUUUGAUUGACUUACAUGCAAAAGACGUGUGGUUAUUGGGAGAAGGUUUAUGUAAACUUGUACCUUUCUUGGAGAACUGUACAGCACUGACCUCCACCCUGACCAUCCUGACGGUCAGCUUUGAUCGUUACUACGGAAUAUGCCAGCCACUGCGAGCCAGAACGGUGAAAAUGUUACGAAGAUCUCAUGUAUGUAUCCUGGUCACGAUCAUAUGGAUAGUCGCCAUUGCCAUAUGUAUUCCUUUCACAUUGAUUCCAGUCUACAGAAACUCUAAGUUCAAGGAUGGAACCCCCAUAAAAGUCUGCAGAAAUACUAUCAAAGAUAGCUGGAAGACUGGUUAUAUUAUAUUUGUAUUUUGUUUCUUUUUUGUUGUGCCCUUUUUCAUUCUGGUCGUCAUUUAUAGCAUAAUAACUAGACAGUUGAGUAGGGAAUCGUUUCAGUUACGAGGACAGCACGAACAGGCGGCACGAGUUCGUCUGCGCACUAGAAAACAAGUCAUAACUAUGCUAAUUGUCAUAGUCUUCUUAUUCUUUUUAUUUCACUUGCCUAUUCGUGUUGUCAGUCUUUGGGUUGUGUACGCAUCAAAAGAGGAAAUGGAAGCUCUUGGGUUAGAGGGAUAUUACAACUUACUUGCAUUUGCAAGAAUAAUGUUCUAUUUACAUUGUGCGACAAAUCCUAUCGUUUACAAUGUGGUGUCCACAAAAUUUAGAAUGGCAACUGCAAAGGUAUUCUGCAGUAGGCAACAGCUGGAACUAUCGCAAAAACGGUCUUCUUAUUCCAGGCAGUUUUCGCGGUCGUUAUCGAAUAGAAGCAACAAAAGUGAUUCGAGCUGUGUCACGGAUCGCAUGUCAAUAAGGACAAGAUCAACAUCUGACUAUGUCAUGUACAAGAGGAAUGAACAUCGAGUAGAAUUGACUUAAUUACUUAUACUUACUAACGCCGAAGUUGGUAAUAGUGUCAGAAAAUCAGUUUUAAUCCAAUACUACGGAGCUU